AUGGUCCCCAAGGUUGGAAUCAACGGCUUCGGUCGCAUUGGCCGUAUUGUCUUCCGCAAUGCCAUCAACCACGGUGGUGUUGACGUUGUUGCCGUUAACGACCCCUUCAUUGAGGUCCACUACGCUGCCUACAUGCUCCGCUACGACAGCACCCACGGCCAGUUCAAGGGCACCAUCGAGGUUGCCUCCGACGGCCUGAUUGUCAACGGCAAGAAGAUUACCUUCUACGCUGAGCGUGACCCCGCUGCCAUUCCCUGGGGUAAGGCCGGUGCCGACUACAUCGUCGAGUCCACUGGUGUCUUCACUACCCAGGAGAAGGCUGGCCUUCACUUGAAGGGUGGUGCCAAGAAGGUCAUCAUCUCUGCCCCCUCCGCCGAUGCCCCCAUGUUCGUCAUGGGUGUCAACAACACCUCCUACGAGUCCAAGGUCGACGUUCUCUCCAACGCCUCUUGCACCACCAACUGCCUGGCUCCCCUCGCCAAGGUUAUCAACGACAACUUCGGUCUCGUUGAGGGUCUCAUGACCACCAUCCACUCCUACACUGCCACCCAGAAGACCGUCGACGGUCCCUCCGCUAAGGACUGGCGUGGUGGCCGUACUGCGGCCCAGAACAUCAUCCCCUCCUCCACCGGUGCCGCCAAGGCUGUCGGCAAGGUCAUCCCCUCCCUUAACGGCAAGCUGACCGGUAUGUCCAUGCGUGUCCCCACCGCCAACGUCUCCGUUGUCGACCUCACCUGCCGUAUCGAGAAGGCCGCCUCCUACGAUGAGAUCAAGGCCGUCAUCAAGAAGGCCUCCGAGAACGAACUCAAGGGUAUUCUCGGCUACACUGAGGACGAUGUCGUCUCCACUGACAUGAACGGUGAUGACCACUCCUCCAUCUUCGAUGCCAAGGCCGGUAUCGCCCUGAACCCCAACUUCAUCAAGCUUGUCUCCUGGUACGACAACGAGUGGGGUUACUCCCACCGUGUCGUUGACCUGAUCGCCUACAUCGCCAAGGUCGAUGGCCAGUAG